AUGGACUUGGACAAAAUGCAGACAUACCAUGGAGAUUCAGAGACGUUGCUCGGCUCUGGCAUUUCACAGCUGUCGCUUGAGCAGGCGCAGAAGAUCCGGAACAGGUUGCGACUUCAUCUGGGAGCCAUUUCAGGAUCAACGCUGGUGAGUGGCAAAUCGCUGUUGGCUGCUUUGGCUGCCUUAGGAUUGACCACCUAUGAUGAGGAGGACAUGAAUGACUUGGUGAAUCACCUGGCAGACUUCAUCGGGCUUUGGUUUGAGCCUUUCAGACCCAGCAGCUCCAUCGACUCAACCACUUGGCGUGGGCAGGGGCAAGGCCAGGAGGAAAGUCGCCAUGGCCGUCCACGCUGGCGCUGGCCUGACCCCGACCACAGCAGCGAAGGUCCGCGGAGGAGUAUCACUGCGACGGUGUCUCACAACGAACCGCUGCGACGCCACAACGUCGUCCCGGCGCAAGCUCUCACCGAGGUCUUCCUGUCCAAGGAGGAUGAGAUGAUCAAAAAGAUUUUCGGCACCAGGUUGAUGAAGCAGUUCAAAGCCAUGCAGGAAAUCCUCCUGGCUGGUGACACAAAUCGGCUGGUGGCAGAGUUGACGUUUGUCCGUAUCAACGACCUCGCCGCACCUCCUGAGCCCAUGCACCCACUCAUGUACAUUGAGAUGAUUGUGGCAAUACUCAUUAUAGCGAAUGGUGUCCUGAUCGGCUUCCAAACGGAUCCCAAGUACCAGGACUGGGAAGGAUUCUCCUCCCUUGAGCUCUUCAUCCAGUGCUGCCUUUUUGUGGAAAUCUGCGCCCGCAUGACUCUCUUGGGCUGUCGGCAGUAUUGGUGUGGCAGCGAAAUCUACUGGAACGGUUUUGACUUGUUUCUCUUUGCCACGGGCCUUAUAGAUCUUACUCUGGAGUUCGCCGGAGGCCAAGAGGAAUCCGACUUGGUUGCCACGUCACUUUUGAGGUUCUGUCGCCUGAUCCGCUUGGUGCGCAUCGUAAAGGUCUUUCGUAUCAAGGUCAUGCAAGAGCUGCGCCUGAUGGUUAAAGGCCUGGUGGCCGGCAUCCGGACCCUGGCUCUGGCUUUCGUGCUCCUUUUUGUUGUUCUCUACGUGAUUUCCGGCUUUGCGUCCAUGACCAUCGGCAACCAUGAGGAGACUGCCAGGCUUGAACUGACACCUUACUUCUACAAUAUCCCAGAGUCGAUGUUCACCGCCUUCAGAUGCUUCACAGGAGAGUGCGUUGAUGAUUACGGAAAGCCGAUUCACUCGAGACUGGCAAAGGCGUUUGGCCUGCCCUUCAUUGCAGCGUACGUAGUCAGCUAUAUGCUCGUGGCGAUGGGAAUUUUCAAUGUGAUUCUUGCUGUUUACGUGGAGAUCACCAUGAAGGCGGCGAAGGAGAGCGAUGCCCAUACCGCAGAGCAGUACAGCAGAGAGUCUAUCCGAAUUGCCAGGAUCACCCGCGAGUUGUUGAAGAAGUUCGAAACAGCUUACAGACUUUUCAAUGACAUGGAUAACGAUUCGAUGGGUUCGGGAACCCGGCUAGACUUGGGGAAGACCACCAUGUUCACAGAAACCGAGAUGGACAAAAUCGCCAUCACAAAAGAGUUGUUCUUGCUCAUUAUUCAAGACUCGGGCGUGCAAAAGCUGAUGAAUGAUCUGGACCUACCGCGGGACCGCGCCAACCUUUUCGAGAUCAUUGACGCAGAUGCCAGUGGCACGCUACAAAUCACUGAGCUCCUGCAGGGUCUCCUGAAGAUGCGCGGCGAGAUCAACAAGAGCGACGCAGUGGCCUCGCUGCUUGUAUCUCGCUCGGUUCAGAGUAUGUUGAGUGAGGCCAUGGCGCAGAAUCAGAAGAACUUGUUGGAGCUCUGGGCCGAGUUUCAGAAGGAGCUUCUGAGCAUGCGCAUGGCCCUGGCGCCAUACCAAAAAGCGACUGCAACCAAGCCGAUGUCUCGACAAGAAAGUCCGAUGUCUUCAGACCCUCCCCUGGCUCCGGCGGCCCCGGCGGGCCCGGCCAGGCAGGCGCGGCGAAAGACCACGGUGACCUUCGACUCGACCCAGGUGGCCCAAGAAUCAAGCCACGAGUCCAUCAAAGAGGAGGCAGCUGAAGAGAGUCAAGUCGGCCAUCUGGUCCUCCAGCUGACGGUGCCAUGCAAGCCGUCCGUGUGUGAAGACGAUGUGGCCGUCCCAAGCUGGCCGGAACUAAGCAAGCCGGCCGCAGAAUGA